AUGGAAGUAAAGUGUGAGACUACAGCCCGGCUGAAGCAUGGUAAGAUCAAGAUGCACGAGGGCAAGACCGGCGCCGCGGCGGCGAUCCGAAAGGUAGAGCUCGACGUGAAAUAUUUGGAGUACGCCUACAGGCGCGAACCGUUUGUGCUCCAUUUCCAGAGCGGAGGCAGACUGCCGCAGACUGCCAUCGCACACCGAGCCGAGCCUGGCGAAUCGCUGAUCAACCGGAAACCGUUCUACUUCUCCAGGGCGCAGGGCAAGACGAGCCGGAUUGAGUGCAGGAAGAGCACUAAUUACCAGAACGUGGGUUCGGCCCACGACGGAGAGGGCGAGGCGCACGUGGACUCGACCGUACCCGCGAACACUUGCGACCCCAAGUACUUCGUAGCCAUUUCGGCCCAAGGCGAGCGCGUCGAUCAGCGCCUGAGCCGCGCGGAGGAGGCGCUGGAUGCCCGCGGCAGGAUGCUCGGAGGUCGGCUCGAGGCUGCUCCCCCAGCGUCGACGCGCAUCGGGUGCGCGCCGACGCUGGGGGGCAUCCACGCUGGGAUGGCUGCGCCAGCAGCGCUGGGAGUCGCGGCGCACGAGGAGGCCUUGCCGCUCUGCGGCGGCCCCCUGGCGGCGCAUUGCGCGGGCUGGCCGGCGGGCGCAGGCACCCAGCCAGUGGCCCCCGUGAUGCGGGUCUACCAGGGCGCGCUGGUGCCGGCAACUGCGUGGCAGCCACUGCCCACGCCGCUGCCCAGCGGCGCGCUUCCUGGCGGCGUGGCUCAUUACAGUGGGCUGCCCAGCAGCGCAGUGCCCAGCAGCGUGGUGCGUGGCGGCGUGCUUUCGGCCGUGGCCACGCCGAUGCAGCUCUACAGGGAGGUCGCCGCCGCCACCGCUUGGGCGGCCUCGCCCUGCGCAGAGGCCGAGGCCUGGCGCGCCGCGGAGCCGCUGGCGGCGACCGCCCCCGCGAGGGACCCCGCCCGAGCAGCCCGCAGCCGCAGCCCCACCCCCACCGCCGAGGCGUGGCGCGCCGCGGAGCCGCUGGCGGCGACCGCCCCCGCGAGGGACCCCGCCCGAGCAGCCCGCAGCCGCAGCCCCACCCCCACGGACCCCGCCCGAGCAGCCCGCAGCCGCAGCCCCACCCCCACGGCACCCGCCCCGGGCGCGGGCGCUGGAGUGGCGGCGCGAGGCGGCCUGCCCACUUCCCCCCUCCGCUCAGCCGCGGACCACCGCGGAGCUCGCCCGAGCAGCCCGCAGCCGCAGCCCCGCACCCCGGACGCAGACCGUCUGACGGACCCGGUCCACCUCGCCUUGCACGAGGAGGCGCUCCGCCGCGACUUCAGGCGGCGGGAGCUGCAGGCGUUGGGGGAGAAGGUGAGAGAGAGCGAGCAGCAGCAGCGUGUGGCCAACGCACGCCAUGGCCUCAGGGCGCGAAGGCAGCUGUACCGCCAGAAGGACACCCGCUCGCACCUGGAGCGCGAGGAGGAGAUCCUGAGGCGAAAGGCGGAGCACCGGGGCCGCGCCGAGGAGCGCGCGCUGCUGCGAGAGAUUGACGAGAUGCGAGAAUGCACGUUCCGCCCGCAGACCAACCACUCGCGGCAGCGCGACAGGUCCCCUGGCGCUGGCGCAGGCGCCACCGCCUGGCCGGGUGCGAGGCCGGAGCCUCGAGGGAGGCAGUCUGCGAGGGCCACGUCUGGCGGGCCGCCAGCGAGCCGUCCUGCGCCGCCGCCUGCGGCAGCCGGCGUGGAUCGCCGGAGGCCGCCGCCGGAGGCCAGCGCCUCGACCUCCGCGGGACCGCGCCGUGGCGGGAGGGCCGCCGCGCGGCAGCGUGCUCCGCAGCUGCGCCCCAGUUGCUCUGGCGCCUCGGUUGGCCACGGCGAGGGGCCGGCGUCGGCAGGUGUUCGGCAGCUGGCGGAGAGGCAGCAGGAGGUUGUCGGCGCCCUCGAGAUUCUGGAAGACGAGCGGCAGAUCACGCACGAGGAGCUGGAGGUGUGGCACGCGGAGAUCCGCGACGAGAUCUUGCGGGAAGAGAUGGACCGAGUGGUCGCGAUGGUUCAGGACGUCCACUCUGGCCACCUCGCGAGCAACGAGAUGGUGCAGCGCGUGCGGGCCAUGAUCGCCAAGGGCGGUGACACCGAGUCGGCCCAGAAGGCCCUCGUCGACGACCUCGUGGCCCGGUCGCAGGAGGAGGUCCAGAGGAGGGUCCACGAGGCCUUCGAGCCCGUGAGGGCCGAGGCCGAGGCCAACCUGCACGCCCGGGAGCUGGCGCUGGUGCACGAGCUGGAAGCGCUGGAGGCCAAGGCAGCAGCGCUGCGGGGCGGCGCCCUGCGCGACGCUGCGGGGGACCUCGGCUUCGAGCUCGGCCUCGCCGAGGCGGUGCGCGGGCGCCUGGGGCGGCCCCUCGCGCGUUUCGGCGAGGGCGAGCGGCCGCUCGCCGCGGGCGGCGGCGGCGGCGCGCCGGCCCUGGUGCACCACAACACGCCGCGCUCCGCGGCCGCCUGCACGGGGGCUCUGCCUCAGGAGCCGCCGCCGCGCGCGGGCUGCCGCAGCGGCGCCGCCGGCGGGCCCGCGGCGGCGCUGAGCGGGGAAGCGCAAGACGCCCAGGAGAGCCAGUCGAGCCUGCCAGCGGACAGCUUGCUGGUGCCCUUCGACUCCGAGGCUGCGCACAUGUGCCGCAUCGCGUGCGGCGCGCCCGGCGAGCUGACCACGGCCCGCUCGCGGGCAGAAGCGCCCCAAGGGCACCCCUGCUGA